UACAUUUACUAGCUGCUAAUACAAGCAUUUAAUUUUUAAGAAAGGUGUUACAAUAAAAAUGUGGCCAACUAUGGGUUUAUAUGUUGCAACAAUAGUAGCAAUAUGUUUUAUUUUGUUGGAAUUAAAAAGGAGGAAUUCAAGAGAAAAACAAGUUGUUCUACCUCCAGGGUCUAAAGGCUUCCCUCUUAUAGGAGAAACCCUUCAACUCCUUGUCCCUAGUUACUCCCUAGACCUUCCCUCGUUCAUUCGAACCAGAAUUCAAAGGUAUGGGCCUAUAUUCAAAACGCGACUUGUUGGAAGGCCGGUUGUGAUGUCUGCUGAUCCGGGUUUCAACCGGUACAUUGUGCAACAAGAAGGGAAGUCAGUUGAAAUGUGGUACUUGGACACAUUCUCUAAGUUAUUUGCACAAGAUGGUGAAGCUAGGACUACUGCUGCUGGCCUAGUGCAUAAAUACCUUAGAAACCUUACUUUGAGCCAUUUUGGCUCUGAAAGCCUUAGGGUAAAUUUGCUCCCUCACCUUGAAAGUUUGGUUCGAAACACUCUACUUGGAUGGUCGUCUAAGGAUACCAUUGAUGUCAAAGAAUCCGCGUUAACUAUGACUAUAGAGUUUGUAGCAAAGCAACUAUUUGGGUAUGAUUCUGACAAGAGCAAGGAGAAAAUAGGGGAGAAAUUUGGUAAUAUUUCACAAGGCCUUUUCUCUUUACCAUUGAACAUUCCUGGCACUACUUACCAUAGCUGCUUAAAGAGCCAAAGAGAAGUAAUGGAUAUGAUGAGGACUGCUCUAAAGGAUAGGCUCACUACACCAGAGUCAUAUCGAGGGGAUUUCCUAGAUCAUGCUCUGAAAGACCUCAGCACCGAGAAGUUCUUGUCCGAGGAAUUUAUACUACAGAUUAUGUUUGGACUCCUCUUUGCUAGCUCUGAAUCUACCUCCAUGACAUUAACUUUAGUCCUCAAAUUAUUGUCAGAAAAUCCUCAUGUCCUGAAAGAAUUAGAGGCUGAGCACGAGAGGAUUAUCAAGAACAAAGAAAGCCCUGAUUCUCCCCUGACUUGGGCUGAAGUGAAAUCAAUGACUUUCACUCUUCAAGUGAUUAAUGAAUCUUUGAGACUUGGAAAUGUUUCUCUUGGAAUACUCAGGAGAACAUUGAAAGAUAUCGAAAUAAACGGAUAUACUAUUCCAGCAGGAUGGACUAUUAUGUUAGUGACUUCUGCAUGUCAAUAUAAUUCUGACAUAUACAAAGACCCACUUACCUUCAAUCCUUGGCGCUGGAAGGAAAUGCAGCCUGAUGUUAUAGCAAAAAACUUUAUGCCAUUCGGAGGAGGAACAAGGCAAUGUGCAGGAGCAGAAUUUGCUAAAGUCUUAAUGACUAUUUUUCUUCAUAACCUUGUCACUAAUUACAGAUGGGAGAAGAUCAAGGGUGGAGAAAUCGUUCGGACUCCCAUUUUAGGAUUCCGAAAUGCACUUCGUGUUAAGUUAACUAAGAAGAAUUAAGCUUAAGAAGAGCAAAGUCUUAGUUAUAUUGUUCCAAAUACUCUGUAAUUGAUACAAGAAAUGUUGUUUUCUUUCUUGGAGAUUAUAUUGAUAUUGUUGUUAAUUUGUACUCCGUACUUCUACUUCAAUGCAAAAAAUG